AUGCUUAAUCAAUUUUUUCACUAUGUAUACCAUAAUAUAAAGAAAUACAGUAAGCAUGUUACAUUUGACUAUCUCCGCCUUAUAAAGUUCUCACGUGUGAUUGAUGUGGAAGGAGAGGGGCCACAGAUAUGUAUGAGGGAUAAGGAAUGCGUGAAUCUCUAUGACAUGUUCCAUGCCAGGCGCAUUUUGCAUAGAACUGCAUACCAGCAUAGGGUCACCAAGACAGUUGACACCAUGUUUAUUGAUGCUUUUCUCUAUGCUGAUAAACAUGUAAAGUAUCGUGGAGAUGAUGGGAAGAAAUACUGCCUUAGUGAUGCCUGUGACAACAUGUCAGCUUACACACUCCUCAAUGACAGUGUAAUCCACCUGAUCCUACUAGCUGAAGGAGAGCAUCCUGAUCUCCUGAAGGCCAAGAAAAUCAUAGAGAAUGUCCUUACUCGGAAACUCUACAUCUAUGUGGGCCACACUCAGCCCACCACAAAUGAUAUUAGUCAUGAAGAUCUACUCCAUUCUCUGGAGAAGAACAUUCCUAAAGGAAGUUCGCUUACUCUCGACAAACUUGACGUCCAAGAAGUAAGGCUGAAUUAUGGCAUGGGCAGACAGAACCCCAUAGAGCAUGUGCGCUUUUACAGCAAGAGUGCCCCAAAUAUUGCUAAAGUCCUGAGGAAGGAAGAAGUAUCAGCUAUGCUGCCACAGAGCUUCCAAGAGGUGCUGUUCCGCCUGGUUUGCAAAAGCUUUGAGGAAAAUAUAUUCUUAGAAGCACAGAAAUUAUUCUUGGCAGCUUGUAAAGAACUUCAGAUGAAGGAACCAUCAAUGGACUCCUGGCCAAGCCACUUAACUCCUGUCAAACGAAAUACUUCAAACAACGGCCAACAAACUGCAAAUGGAACAGAGCCUUCGAUUAGGUCAGCUGUAACAAGUUUGACAUUUGAAACCUUAUGAAGAUUGUUUUAGUAGUACCCAGUUUAAGGAAGAUCUUUAGUAGUUAAAAUGACAAAUACCUAGAAUUUGGUUUAAAGAUUUAUAAUGUGAAUGAAGAUGCAUAUACAUAUACAUGGAUUUUUUUGAGGGCCCCCAAAUUCCUGGAUCUUGGUCUUGGUCUAGGAGACCUCUAAACCAAAGGUCUUCACUUCAUUUGUAAAUGCAUCUAGAGCCACCACUUAGGUUUUCAGAGACUCCAGGAUAGCAACAUCAUCAGUAACCUUGAUAUUGCCCAGUUAUUAUCCAAUGAUUUUGGAUAAUAGCUUUGCCUAGUAUCCAGUCCAUGAAUGUGUUGAAAAGUGUUGGUGCAACAUUACAGCCCUGCCUCACUCCUGAACUCAAAAGGAAGAAGCUAAACAAGCCCUCACGACACUUUACAGCAUUUUCAGUAUCAGGAUAUAUAGGCUUGAUAUUAAUCCAAUAAUUCUAGUUGGAAUUCCCCUUAGUGUCAAGAUCUUCCAGAGUGGUUUAUGAUGCACUGUGUUGAAUGCCUUCUUCAGGUCAAUGUAGGCUGCAAGCAGUCCAUAGCCAGACUCAUAGUGGUGCUCUACAAAGACUCUGGUCUCUGGUACCUCAGUAGGUGAUCUCUAAUACAUCUCAGGAUGUGAGUAAGAACUUUGCUCAGUAUGCAGAGCAAUAAAAUGCCUUGCUAAUUGCUGUAGUCCCAUCAAUAGGUGGUUACUCACUGAUGAAUGGAUCUGGCACUGGGAUUUCAACAAUGCUCACAUAUAAGCUAACUGUUAGUGGAUCAACCUGGUAACUGCUCAAUGUAGUCAGUCCAAUGUUCUUGUACCCAACAUGAUCCGAGAUGAUCCAACCACCAUUUGAGCAGACUGUUGUCUGUGAGGAAGUCUUGGAAUUCAGCCUUCUCAGGGCUUGGUAGGCCUAAGAUCAUUUAUUAAGAAAUUGCCUUCGACCUCUUCAACGAAAUUCCUUAUGUACUGUUACUUGGCCCCCUUCUCAUCAGUGCCUGAGUCCUAAGCACUAAGGAAUGGAGCAAGUCCUGAACCCUAGUCAGUCACCAAUGAAAUCUUAUGCUACAUCAAGUGUUUUGUGCUUGAAGGUAUUCCACAGUGCUACAGGGUCCAUCAGGUUGCCGAGUGCUUUGAAUGACCAAAGAGAGCCUUGGUAAACCUCUGGGCACACUCCCCCUCCCUCUGCCUGUCUAUGUGAAAUACUCUAGGAUGAUGACGGGACUAAUGGGAGGUGAGAAGUGGACUUGGAGAGUAGCCACAAUGAAUCUAUAACUGAGCACUCCAGUAAACCAUGCAGUUCUGGAGGAUCCUCCAGUGAGUGCUACAAGAAUAUGGUCAAUCUCCUUGGCCUGCAUAUUUGUAUUAUGUCCAGUGAGGUGGGUCAGAGUGCAGUACCAGAAACCAGAAAUCCUCAGUCUCUGGGACUUAAUGAAGCUAUUCUUGCUACUGGCAACAGCUCCUGAGCCAUAGGGACUAAUAGAUAUCCCAUAGCUAGUAUGUUUAGAGCUGAAUACCACACUGAAUUCGACCGGAGCAAUGCGAAUGUCUUGCCAAGAGCAACUGUCCACCAGUGAUGUGAUUUUGGUGCAGAAUACAUUUUUCACAUUGAAUUCAUGAAUAUUGGUAGGGGUGUAGACAGUUUUUAAAGAUAGGAAGCCAAGCACAGGCUUCAGUCCCAGUGCCAUUCUACACUCAUCGACCAAAGUAACCUCUACUCCCGAGGGCUGUAGUGUGCUAGAGAUGGCUGUGGCUACCCCCUGAAGAUGGUGACCUUUGCUAUGGCCUGACUAAUUGUAGGUAUAGCCACCCACACAGGCAUGUCCACACACCAGUGGGUCAGGACUACAGGAGCCUCCAUAAUUCAGCCUAGGACAGCAAGGUACCCAGUUUCCAUGGUUGGCCAUGAGGAGGCAUAACAGAAAUUGAUGGUGGAGAGGCUGUGAAUCUGGCAGGGGAGGCUUAUGUAAAGCUGGUCUCUUUUUUGCACCAGGCCUGAAAAGGCAUGAACAAGCAGUUAUCAUAAUGUAGGCAACACACCAUUGCUUCACAUCAUCCUGUACAUGAAACAACCACCCAUAAAAAUAACAUAAUGAUAUCUUUCUUGUCUUUCUGAUGCUCAAGGAUACCUUAAUUAUAUGUUUAUGAUUGUCAAAACACUCAGCUGUGUUGAGAAUCAAGCUACAUUAGCAAACAAUGUGAGAGAAAGUAUUUGACAGUCAAAACUUCAAGUGCCUGAAAUCUGUUUUGAGAAAAGGGACUAAAGUAAUAGUACAUAAACAUGUGUGCUAUGAAUUUUGAAUUUUAUAUUAUAUUCCUCUUCAGUUUUCUGAUGCCCUCUUCAUCUUCCUUUUCUUCCCAUACAUAAUACUGUAUAUAUAUUUUUUAUGUGUACAAUGUUGACAUCAGAGUUUAAUCUCAUACAGUUAUAAUACAGUGUUUUAUAGAUUUAUGAAAUUUACAUGUGAGCAUAAAAAUGGAAUGGAGGCCUGUGUAAAAUGAUAGUCACAGUUUUCUUAAUCACCUAAUUCUCCCUGGAAGAAGUUUAGAUAUUAUUAAUGUCAUGUGGCUCAGUAUCUUUGACCAUGGGGUGUCAAACAUUCAACCUUAUAGUCUUACUCAAGGUUUACAGUUUAUAUGCUGCCAUACCUUAUGUACUCUUAUUAUAUCUGGGCCACUUCAGUAACUGAGUUUGACACACCUGGGGAAGAGUUAGUGGGUGGGUGAGAGAGAGAGAGAGAGAGAGAGAGAGAGAGAGAGAGAGAGAGAGAGAGAGAGAGAGAGAGAGAGAGAGAGAGAGAGAGAGAGAGAGAGAGAGAG